AUGGCCUUCGAGCUCUUCCAGAAAAUCCGCGAUAGAUGUCGCUCCGAUAGUCUAGAGAGAAUUCUUUCUCUUGACCACCAGCGGACUUGUGAACUACCAAAAGAGCUUAAAGGAGAUAAACAACAUCAUCAGAAAGGUGAAAACACACAACAGCUCAGUGGUGACGGCAAUCCACAUCAACACAGUGAAGAAAACGCAGCUCUAGCAGAAGAUAGGAAAAUAUCAACUUCUAAGAAUUUUACCCCAAACACACCUGAUUGGACAGAAUUUGAAGGAUGCUUUGCUUCUGACAUGCUAACAGUAGACGGUAAGACAAAACUGAAGAGGCGCUUCUUCAUGGAGUUGUUGGAUAUUUCAUUACAUCACGUUUCUUUAUCGGAGAGUCGCAGACACAAGGUUCUAGACUUUCACCAUCCUCACCAACUUCACGAGAUAAUGGAACAUUGUAUCGAGUUGGACGAGAAUGGGCGAGAUCUGGAGCAGAUUCUGAGUGAUUGUAAAGAAACACUGAAAUACUGCAUACGAACAGGCCACCCAAGAUUUCUUAACCAGCUCUCUACAGGCAUGGAUAUGAUUGGUAUAGCAGGCGAGUGGCUCACUGCAGUUGCCAAUACUAAUAUGUUUACUUACGAAGUUGCUCCGGUAUUCACACUUAUGGAAGAAGUCCUACUACGCAAAAUGCUCAGCUUUGUUGGUUGGAAAGAUGGUGACGGAACCUUUGCACCAGGUGGAGCGAUUUCUAACUUUUACGGUAUGUUGGCUGCUCGACAUUCAAAGUUUCCCGACAUUAAAAGGAAAGGUUUUGCUGGUCAGUCACAGAUGGUCGUGUUUACAUCUUCUCAUAGUCAUUUCUCGAUGAAGAAAUCUGCCAGUUUACUUGGCCUGGGAACGGAUGCUGUCGUGUAUGUUGAUUGUGACAGCAGUGGACGCAUGCUGCCCGAGGACCUGACAAGGCGAAUUGACCUAAGUCUGACAAGAGGUGAAGUGCCUCUCAUGGUUAACGUCACGUGCGGUACUACAGUGUUUGGUGCAUUUGAUCCAGUCAACGACAUAUCCGCUAUUUGCAAGAAAUACAAUAUAUGGCUUCAUGUUGAUGGUGCUUGGGGAGGAUCUGUAUUACUGUCUGAAAGACACAGACACUUGUUAGCAGGCGUAUCUAGUGCUAACUCUAUGACAUGGAAUCCACACAAGAUGAUGGGAGUACCGCUACAGUGUUCGGCGAUCCUUCUCCGUCAGAAGGGUAUUCUCCAUGAUGUGAAUGCACUAGGCGCUUCCUACUUAUACCAGAACGACAAACAUUAUGACGUCACGUAUGAUACUGGCGAUAAAACAAUACAAUGUGGACGUCAUAACGACGUAUUUAAACUGUGGCUGAUGUGGAGAGCAAAGGGUGACAAGGGUUUCGAGAGUCAAAUUGACAAAAACUUCAGGCUUGCCAAGUAUUUGAUGAACAAAAUUCAUGAAAGACCAAAUUUCAAACUUGUCAAUAACGAGUUCCAGGCGCCAAAUGUUUGCUUCUGGUUCAUACCUGAUAGCGUAGCCUGUGUUGAAGAUCCUGACAAAUACAAGACUGAACUAGGAAAGGUUGCUCCUAGACUGAAGGCUGCGAUGAUGGAGAAAGGUUCGAUGAUGCUAGCUUAUCAACCUUUACUUGACUUGCCAAACUUUUUCCGUGUGGCUAUUUCGAAUCCAGCUCUCCAAGAAUCAGACCUGGACUUCGUUGUCAGUGAGCUAGAACUUUUGGCGAAAGGUAUAUAACAGUGUAUCCUAUCACCCUGUCAAUAUAUUAUGAUCACAUCGUUGUGUAUAGUGUAUGUCAUUUCCACCAUCGCGGGCGAGAGCCAUGGACAAAUU